AUGCCAUCUCAACCACCACUGAUUGCUACGCUGUCGGCCAUACUAACUGCCACCAGUGAUAGUACAAUGCUGCACCCACGGUUAGUCGAUGGAGGGGUAGCAUGGCACAAGACCGAUACCCAGCUAGUAUUGAAAGAUGAAGAAGGCCAGCAUGUGAUAACCCCACUCAAAGCGUAUGGAUAUAUCCUGGCCAAUGAAUUGCUUACCCGCGGCCACACCUAUCACAUUCAUGGACCGGUUGGGGUUGACCUAGAAGACGGAGCUGCUUUUGUCAGGCACAGCGUCUUGACUCAGAGUUUGGUUUCCGUGGAACCCCCUCAACCGGCAGACCUCGCUGGGAAGGCCAUGCUCAGUUCAGUCGGGAAGGUGCUCAGAGUGACUUUGGACAAUGCCAACAAGGAAGCACAAUGGCAUUUUACCGUUCAAGCUGAACAUGAGGUCUUCGAGCCGGAGGGAGGUAGAUCGUUACGAUUUCCAAUCACAUAUCGCUUUGGAUACUUUUCCCCCGAGUUAUCUGAUAUCAGAAAUAUUGCCGUCAACACUGUCAUGUGGUUUCAAGGAUUAGUUGUAUCAAAGGAUGAUCAAUCUAAACAGCUCAUCAUUCAAGUGCUUCACCAUGGUGUUGUUGUCGCUGAGUAG